CACCGUUUCACUAUCUGGUCAUAUCUUCUUACUUUUCCUUGAGAGAGAAAAGGCACUCCAACAGUAUGGCUGACGCAUUGAAGGCAGAAGGCAACAAGGCUUUCUCUGCCAAAGACUACCCUACCGCGAUUGAGAAAUUCACCCAGGCUAUUGGACUUGAUGCGAGCAACCACAUCCUCUAUUCCAACCGUUCUGCGGUGUACGCCGCCCAAUCGGAAUACCAAAAGGCGCUCGACGAUGCCAACAAGGCGAUUGAACUCAAGUCUGACUGGUCCAAGGGCUAUCUCCGUAAAGGCGCAGCUUGCCGUGGUCUGGGGGAUCUACUCGCUGCACACGAUGCCUACGAGGAGGCUCUGAAGCUCGAACCCAACAACGAACAAGCAAAGAAUGGGUUUAAUGCAGUGAAGCGAGCAAUCGAAGCCGAAGCUGCGGCUGAUGGCGCUUCUGGAGACCCACUAGGUGGUCUUGGAGGCAUUUUCAACGACCCUCAACUAUUCCAGAAGUUGGCCAGCAACCCGAAGACCUCUGGGCUCCUUGCGGACGGGGAGUUCAUGGCGAAGCUGCAGCGUAUCCGGCAAAAUCCGAAUAGCAUCGGAGAGGAGAUCAGAGACCCGCGUUUCUUGCAGGUCAUGAGUGUGCUCAUGGGAUUUGACCUGAGCUACGGAGCUCCUCCAGAAGGUGCCCAGCCCGCUAGCUCCGCAGCUGCUGAGGAGGAUGUGCCGAUGAAAGAAGCGCCUCGCCCCGCUGAGACGAAGAGGGAGCCAGAACCCGAACCCGAACCGGAAGAUGAGGAAGUCAUUGCAAAGAAGAAGGCGAAGGAAGCUGCCGAUGCGGAGAAGAAGAUUGGAAAUGACUUCUACAAGAAGAAACAGUUUGACGAGGCCAUAGAGCACUACAACAAGGCCUGGGAGCUGAACAAGGACAUUACAUAUCUGAACAACAUUGGGGCUGCUAAAUUCGAGAAGGGUGACCUUCCAGGAGCCAUUGACAUCUGUCAAAAGGCCGUCGAAGAAGGUCACGAGCUUCGGGCGGACUUCAAAGUCAUUGCGAAGUCCUUCGCUAGAAUAGGUACUGCCUAUGAGAAACAGGGAGAGCUCACCCAGGCGAUCGAAUUCUACCACAAGUCGCUUACCGAACACCGGACUCCUGAUGUCCUUACGAAGCUUCGAAAUGCGGAGAAGGCCAAGCUUAAGGCGGAGAGGGAUGCUUACAUUGACCCAGUUGAGGCUGAGAAAGCUCGUGAGCUUGGCCAGAAGAAGUUCCAGGAGGCCGACUGGCCCGGCGCCGUUGAGGCUUUCACUGAGAUGACUAAAAGGGCACCCGAUGAUGCUCGGGGAUUCUCCAACCGUGCUGCCGCUCUCAUUAAACUCAUGGCUUUCCCCCAAGCCGUGCAAGACUGUGAUGAGGCUAUCCGCCGCGAUCCCAAGUUCAUCCGUGCUUACCUCCGCAAGGCGCAGGCUUUGAUGGCAAUGAAGGAAAAUAACAAAGCGUUAGAUGUCUGCGCAGAAGCGUCUGAAAACGACGUGGAAGGAAGACACACACGGGAAAUAGAGCAACAACAACAGAAGUGUUUGGAUGCUCAGUUUAGCGCGCGCGCUGGAGAGACCGAGCAGCAGACCAUGGAGAGGAUCCAGAAUGACCCAGAUAUUAUGGCCAUCUUGCAGGAUCCAGUCAUGCAGAGUAUUCUUCAGCAGGCCAAGAGCGACCCUGCAGCGUUACAAGAACACAUGAAAAACGCUCAGGUCCGGAUGAAGAUCCAGAAACUGAUUGCGGCCGGUGUCAUCCGCCUGGGACGGUGAACAACAAACUGAGGUCACGUAUGAGAUAGGAUAUCUAUUUUCAGAGAACGAGACUGUCUUUUCAUGGAAUGUUGGGGGUAUUGUGUGUUUCGACAGGAAAAGCAUGAUUAAUCGGCAGUUGAAGAUGAGACUUGAGGUAUAAGUUGUCUUGCAUGGAAGCACGAUGUAUCUUUGUAUUCUACAGUUAUUUUUCCCCCCCCCUUAUGAUAUGACAAUGAGAAAAUCACCAUUCCAUCAUUGGUUUUCAAUGCACUCAGUGGGGCUGGCAGUUGAAGUAGAUUGGGAUGUCCGUGCCAGUCUGAAGGGCAGUGUAGGUAGAAUGUACACGC